UACUACAGCUGCAGCGAGUAUGACUUCGGAAUAGUAUGAGCCGCGCUUAGUGCGCAUUGUCAGUUCGCCGCUACUAGCCAAUCGCCGCUGCCUCGACUCUUGUUUUCUGUAUUCUCGGCGUUCUAGAGCCUCAACUCUCUACGACUAAUACUAUUUUAGUUUUUUUUUUUGUCACUCUGCGUACGACUUACUAGAGUCGCCCACGUCUCGUUGUGUAUCAAACGACUUCGAAAACUCCACCGUCGACUCGUCAUCGUGUUGGCGCGCACUACGGAACGUCCAACUGUUGCCGCCAAUUGGUAACGGCCGAGCCAGCAGCACCGACAGUAUUAGUGUUGUCGAUAAUCAAUCGUCCUGCUCGCCACGCAUUUGUGUUUUUCAGGUUGAUUUCACGUCUCGUUGUCGUUAAGCGUUUACGCGCGUACACUCGUCGUCUGUUAUCCGGUGAUACGUGUAUAUUUUAUGGGUGCCAAGAUGAAGCUGGUCGACAACGUCGUGCGCAGCUUCCAGGUUGCUAAAGUGUUCCGCGAGAACACCGACAAGAUCAACAGCUUCGACUUUUCGCCUGCCGGUGAUUACAUCAUAUCGUGCAGCGAAGACGACCAGAUCGUUAUAUACGAUAGUCAGAAGGGCGAGCUGUCCAAGACUAUCAACAGCAAGAAAUAUGGCGUCGAUCUCAUUCAUUUCGCACACACUAAGACUACUGCUAUACACAGUUCGACCAAAGUCGAUGAUACUAUCAGAUAUUUAUCAUUACAUGAUAAUAAGUACAUUCGUUAUUUCACGGGACAUGCCAAAAAAGUUGUGUCAUUAUGUGUGUCCCCCAUUGAGGACAUGUUUGUGUCUGGAUCAUUGGACAAAAGUCUCAGAUUAUGGGAUUUGAGGUCUCCAAACUGUCAAGGUUAUAUCAAUGUUAUGGGCAGACCAGUAGCAGCUUUCGAUCCAGAUGGUUUGGUAUUGGCUGCUGGUGUUAAUUCUGAAACUCUGAAACUGUUUGAUGUUAGGUCAUUUGACAAAGGGCCGUUCAUAACUGUGAAGCUUCCUCAGGAGAAAGAAUGUGACUGGACUGACCUCAAAUUCAGUCAGGAUGGCCGAACUAUACUCAUUCCUACUAAUGGAUCUUUAAUUAGAUUGGUAAAUUCAUUUAAUGGAACACCGAUUCAGACAUUUACUGGUCACUUGAAUAAUAAAGGUCUUGCUAUCGAAGCUUCAUUCAGUCCAGAUUCUCAAUACAUAUUCAGCGGAUCAACUGAUGGUCGUAUUCAUGUAUGGAACGCAGUUACUGGUUAUAAAGUUUGUGUUCUCAAUGGAGAUCAUCCAGGCCCAGUACAUUGUGUUAAAUUUAAUCCUAAAUACAUGAUGAUGGCCUCUGCAUGUACAAAUAUGGCAUUUUGGUUACCUUCAACUACUGAAGCAGCCAAUUUGGCAUAAGUCAAACAUUAAUUUUACGUGUGUAAAAUUUACAUUACCUAAGUACAAUGUACUUAUUUUAAGUCAUAAAGUUUUAAUUAUUAAUUUUCCUAUUAUUUAAGUUGGACUAUUAACUUUUAUUCAGUUACUUUAAAAGAAUAAAUGUUUUAAUUUUUUUAAUUUGUGAUCAUUUUUAGUUAUAGAGUAAAUACUCCUUGAUGUAAAAGUCAGUUAUCAUUUUGUUUUAUUAUUCCUUUCGAUUGAAAGCUUGAAUGCAUUCGAUAAAUUUUGAUUUUUAUACUUCAUUUAAGGUUAUUUAUUAAAUUAUAAAAUGGUUAAAAUCAAUUGAUACUUAUUAGUCCUGUUCUUAUAAUAAUAUUAUAUGUAUAUUAUAUUUAAUAUUAAGAUUUUUUCCUGUAAACAUUUAUUUCUUUCUAAAUUAACUACUGAGUCACAUAGUUCCAACAUUGGUAUUACUUUUUGGUUAUAGAAUUAACGUGAUAUUUUAUUGAAAAAGGUCAAAUCUGAUAACAUAAUAUAAAUGUAAAAUAAUUUUAAUUUCUUUGAUGGAUGUCUUUUUAACUGAUGAUCUUAAAAAGAAUUUUUCAAGAUUAUAAGUUAGCAAUUUGACAUUCAGCAGCAUUGGCCGUGUUUCAAUACUCUCUAUUUACCAAAUUUACAUAUUUUUUAAAACAUAACGCUCAUUGACAUUUAUAACCAGUCAGUACCUUUACUAAUGUUGCUUAAAACGUUAAAAUUUAAUUUCGACACAUUAAACUUGAUCACUUAAUUGAAUCGUUUUUAAAUGUAUUAACCACGAAAAAAUAUUAUAAUAAUAUGUUUUGAACAAGUAAAAUGUAAUACUUAUGUGAUUACUUAUACCCAGUGUUAGAUACUAUGAUUUUGUCCAACACUGCUCAGAUCGUUUAAACUGUAAUUUUGUGGACACCAAUUCUAAAUUGUAUUUUGUAAUUUAUUGUCUUUUUUGAGAAGACUCCACACAUUAAUUUGUUAUCUGUCAGGAAAUUAUAUAUAUCAUAGUAUAUUAAAUUUAUGUUGACCGUUAGAUGUUAAUUAUUGAACUGUCUACUUUUUGUCUGAACUAUCAUGUGUAUUGAUUAUGUUAAUACUUUGAUCUCUAAACUAAAUCAUAGAUCACGUUAUAACUUAAUAUUCACUGUAUUGCGAAGGCAACAUGCUUAGCACAGAUAACAAGUUGGUAUGUCUUGUCAUCUUAAUUAAUAAAAGUUACUAUUAUUUUAAUGUACAACUAAUAUGUAUUAUUGUAUAAUUACUUAUUGAAGUCUAAUAGUUACAACAAUUGAUGUUUUAUGUGGAAAAUAUAAAACAUCAGCAUUGUAAUGAUUGACUUUUGUUAAUAUUAUAGUAAUACUGUAAUAGUUUAGUACUUAUGUUUAUGUUUUAAUUGAUAUUUAUUUUGUCAAUUAUUUAUUUAUUUAUUUUUAAAGAUUUUACUGCAUAUUUAUUAUUGAUAAAGAAAAAAUACUUUGUGUUGAAUCAAAUUUUGAAUGAAAACAAUUUUUUUUUUUUUAAUAAUUUUAUAUGAUAUGUUGAAUAUUAAAUUCUGAAUAGUUUAUCAGUAGUAGUAGUUUGAUCUAUCAUUUUAGGACUAAAUUUAUGUACAAUACUUUUAUUUUAUAUAAGUAAAAAUCAAAUAUGUAUACCAGAAUAAUAUUACCUAAUUAUUCAAAUGGUAUGAAUGUUAAAGUUUAUUACCUAUUUUUGAAAAUGUUUUUUUUUUUUAAAUUUAAAACCUAUAUAUUCUUUGGAUGUUGUAAUUUCCAUUAAUUUUAAUACAUUAAAUAAAUCACAAUAUAAUUGUGUUCUCAUCAUUAAGUAAUAUCAAUUUAAAAAUAAUUUUAUGUUAUACUAGAAAAAUUAUAGACCAUAAUAUUUUCUAAAGCUUAAUAAUGUAAUAAACCAUAUUGUUUGCUGAACUAAUUUAUUUCAUUUUAUUUAUUUUAAUGUUGUCUCGUGAAUAAGCACACUGUUUUGUUGAAGUGAACACAAAGUAUUGUAUUCAGUGUUUACUUGGUCGAUGUACUGAAAACUUUACUAAAUUGCUGUUGGGAUGUAAUAUUAUUAAAUCGUUUACUUAACAUUAAAGUAUUCACCAAAAAAUAAAAAUUACAUACAUACUACUUUUCAUAUUUAUAAUUAUGAAGUUUAGAAUCUAAGAACAUGAAUGUAAAAUAAUUAGAUGAUGUGCAUAAAGUAAAAAAUCAGCAAACAGAAUAUCAUUAUAACUUGUGUAACGUAAAAUACUGAACCUACAAAUAUUUAGGAUAAGUUUUAUAAAUGAAUAUCGUUGAAAUGUAUUCUUGGAAAAUAUAUUAUCAUAAUGAAAUAUAA